CCCCUUCCUGCUCCGAGUGAAAACUGAGAUAGUGAGGAAAAAAGGCAACGGGAGGAGAGACCAUGGAGGGAGAGAGCUGGAUGGAUUAGCCGCUCUGCUACUUCGGGGGGGGGAACCUUCUCUCCGUCUCUCACUCGCGCCUCCUCGAAAUCAAAGCGCCUGAAUGCGGCGCGAGCCGGUGGGAACUGUGUGCGUCGGGAAAGCGUCGUAACGUCCAAACGUUCCGCGUCAGCCCGAGCGGAGUUAGCCCGCCGCGGCUAACCUAGCCUUCCCCCCGCUAGCGAGAAAGGGACGAAAACAGGCCGGUGGCGAAGGGGGAGUUCUCGUUGCCACUCAAAAAAAGUAACCCCCCCCCCCCCAAAAAAAAGUGGCGCCGCGGCGUCGACGUGACUCGUAAUGUUGCCUCCCGGGAUUAACUUCAGAUACGGAUGAGAAGGAAGUCGGCGACGGGGGGCGGACGACGACGACGACGAGCGCAACCGCGAGCCGGACAGAGGAGCGCUGCCAUGUCGGGGCGGACUCGCGGCUCCGGCGGCCCGUCCGAAGAGUCCCGAGGGUGGCCGCACUCGGUGCCGUGGAGGCUCGGCGGCUUCUUCUUCCUGCUGCUGCUGGAGGGGGCCGGCUGCCUCGCCAGCCCGAGCAGCAGCAUUUCAGGCGUCAACAACAACAACAACAACAACAACAACCCGAGUGUCAACAUAUACAUGAGUGUGGAGGAGGUGAAGAAGCUUUUGGGCCUAGACGCGGAGCUGUACUAUGUGCGAGAUGACGUGGUGAAUCACUAUGCUCUCUCCUUCACCCUGCCCGUGCCCAGCGAGACCAACAGCCUUCACUUCACAUGGCAUUCCAAGACAAAAGUCGACUACCGGCUUGGCUUCCAAGUGGAGAACCCUGUUGCCAUGAACCAACCAAGAAGCAACAUCUCCAAUCAGGGGGAGGUGCCCCACGUUCCCUCUGUCUUCAGAGUGGACCUCUUCUGCUCCGGCAAGGUGGACGGAGAGGCUGUUGUGACGGUGCAGCUCAAUCUGACCAUUCUUGCCAACAACUACACAAUGCUCAACUUCAAGAGGAGGAAAAUGUGCUAUAAGAGAAUUGAUUCAGACCCAAAGAUUCCUAUUACCCUCAACAAUAACACUCUUCAGCGGCCUGAUUUAGACGGUGUCACCACCCCCACCAGCUCCACUCAGGUGUUCUACAUAAGCGUGAGCGUCUGCUGCAUCGUCAUCUUCCUCGUGGCCAUCAUCCUGGCCAUCCUGCACCUGCACAGCAUGAAGAGGGUGGAAAUGGAGGACAGUGAGAGUGACAGUGGGAGCUCGCAGGGUCUGUCUCAGCCCUCCACCCAGACCACACAGUACCUAAGGGCCGACACUCCGAACAACGCGGCCUCUGUCACCAACAAUCACGCUGGUUCUGCACCCAUACUCCAGCUUGCUGCCUCCUCCUUCCAAAACCCUGGUGCUCCCCCUCAUGAAACCAAAAGCUACCCGUCUCUCCGCAUCGAGAAGAACGACCUGAGGAGUGUUACUCUAAUGGAGGCCAAAGCAAAAGUGAAAGAUAUCGCCAUCUCAAGGGAGAGGGUUACACUACGAGAUGUCUUGCACGAAGGCACGUUUGGCCGCAUCUUCCACGGCGUGCUGCUGGACGAGAAGGACCCGAGUAAGGAAAAGCAGUGCUUUGUGAAGACGGUGAAAGAUCAUGCAUCUGAGGUGCAGGUGACCAUGAUGUUGACAGAGAGUUGCAAACUUCGUGGACUUCAUCAUAGAAAUCUGCUGCCCAUCAGUCACGUGUGCACGGAGGACGGGGAGAAGCCGAUGGUGCUGUUGCCUUUCAUGGCUUGGGGGAAUCUCAAGCUGUUCCUUCGGCAGUGCAAGCUAGCCGAGGCUAACAACCCACAGGCAAUCUCUCAACAGGACUUGGUUUACAUGGCGAUCCAGAUUGCAUGUGGAAUGAGCUACCUGGCUCGCCGGGAGGUCAUCCACAAAGACCUCGCCGCCAGGAACUGCGUCAUUGACGACAACAUGCAGGUGAAGAUUACAGACAAUGCUCUUGCUCGGGACCUAUUCCCCAUGGACUACCACUGUCUAGGGGAUAACGAGAACCGGCCCGUGCGCUGGAUGGCCCUGGAAAGCUUGCUCAACAACGACUUCUCCAGCGCGAGCGAUGUGUGGGCCUUCGGGGUGACCCUGUGGGAACUGAUGACUCUGGGUCAGACCCCCUACGUGGACAUCGACCCCUUUGAGAUGUCGGCGUAUCUGAAGGAUGGGUACAGAAUAGCACAGCCAAUCAACUGUCCAGAUGAACUGUUUGCAGUGAUGGCUUGUUGCUGGGCCCUGGACCCAGAGGAGAGGCCCAAGUUCCAGCAGCUGGUUCAGUGUCUCACAGAGUUCCACGCAGCGUUGGGCGCUUACGUGUGAAAUCAAGCGUCCUUCUUUUUUUUCUCCUCUUCAAGACACCGAGCGACGUUCCAGGCUGGUGGACACUAUUCAUAAGGAAUACGCGUAGGAAAAAUGUGCCUUAUCAGAUGAAAGAGCAGAACCUGCGUCCCAACGAGUGUUGUUUUUGUACAGUCUUUGGAGUUUUUAUAUAGUUGAAUUACCUUUUUUACAGCAUAGCAAAGUAAAAAGGAUUCUUUGUCGAAUGUUGUUUUAUAUGCUUCGAAAAGCGUCUAGGAACGGCGGUUUACGGCGCUCCACCCUCUGCCGAGAGGGAAGAUGGAAAGAUGUCGUCAUCUAUACAGAACAUGCAACACUUAUGGACAUUUUUGUCUUGUUUUGUGCCAAUGGAACACUUUUUUAAAGGAAAAAAAUGUAAAGUUCAUGACAACCUGGUUUUUAAAGACAGUAUUUUCUACACUUUUGUUACUUAGUGAAACGGCGUGAAUGCUAGAUGUGGUUUGGACGAGAUGUGAACCUACAGCAGGAUGAUUUUAGGUAUCAGAGUAGAUUCAAAGGUCGUCGUUUGUGUUUGUAACCUUGUUGUCAAGCUCGGUACGAGAGGCCUCCUCAGACGGUACAGUACUCGCUUUUCUCUGGACGACACUAACGACUCGCGACCGACGAGCCAGCACCGCAGCGCGGGGCUGACGUGUGGACGCCACAGCUUCUACAAUACCAGUGCCACACGGCCACACGUACACAUACCUGAUUUCUAGAGCAAUAUCCAGAGUGAAUUUUGAACACUGUUACAAUUUGAACAUCACCAUAUUCUUCCCCUUUUGUACAUUUUUAUUUCCACUAUCAUCAUCAGCCUCCGAACAAAAACUAAUCCCUAACGUGUCUUUUUUUCUCUCUCUAAGCUUGAUUGUUCUGCGUCAGAACACAGCCCUUCACGGGACUUUUUCGACUGAUUCUUUUUCGAGUAACUAGAAAACUAACGAUCACUGUGAACACACACAACACUGCCAACCAGCCCCGGUCUCGUCUUACUCUCCCACCGUCUGCAUCUCUGCGAUGUGUCUUUAUGGUCACUGCAUGUUGAUUUAAGGUUGUAAACUGCUUCCCGAUUUCGUAUCCAAAAAUUAAAUGGGAUCUUUUAAAUAUACAA